CAACAACUCACGUCUCACAUGUGCGUAUUGUCAACAAAAAAAAAAUACAAACAAGAUAAACAAUAAAAAAUAAAUUAAAUAUUAAAUGUUCAACUGGUCUUCAUAGGUACAUGAAUAAUCACUUUGAUUAAAUAUUAAAUUAUGGAAAAUAAAAAUAAUUACAAUGAUGCAUCAUUUGAUGAAAUAAUUGGACACAUUGAAGAUAUUUUGAUGGAGCCAAAAUUUCAAGAACUGCAAAAUAUUUUUUUAGAAAAAUAUUGGAGUGAGUUUGAUUAUUCUGAGGAAAAUAAAUUGACAUAUAUUGAAAUAUUUAAUGAAUAUCACAGAGCAAUAGAAUCAUAUAUCGAAAAAAGUUUGACUAAAACAUUACCAGGUUUUGCAAUGGAGUCAUUAAUAAAACAAUUGAGUGAUCAAGGUCCUGACCUGGAUGGUGAAGUUUUCGAGGUAUUAUCAACAUUCACAGAUUUUCUGGCAUUCAAAGAAAUGAUUUUGGACUACAGAUCAAUGAAGGAAGGCAAAGUCCAAGACCUGAGCAGUGGAAUCUCUAUAAUAUCUGUAAGAGUUGAUGAAUCCUCAUCAACUUUUGUUGGAUAAAAACACUUUUGUUAAUGAAAAAACAAAAUCCGUCCACUCGAUUAUCAUUAGUUUGUCAAUAAUUUACAUUG